AUGGGUUGGAGAGUGGUUCUAGUGACAAUGCUCGAGGAAAAUUCUGUGGUCCCUAAGAAGCCUUACUUCUUCCCGAAUUGGCUGGAGAAGGAGUUGCUGAUGGUGAUCGAGAUGGCACCGGGGCAGGAAGAGCAAGGAAGGCGGGGGAAAAGGAUGGAAGUGAAUACUCCAAGCAUGAUCAUCGUCUUCGUCCCCUUGUUGCUGUGUGUGUUGGUCCCAGAGAUCUUUCAGCCUCUGACCGCAACUGCUGUGUCCACCCAGCGUGGAAACAAUGCAACCCACUGGUACUCGCUCCUCGCCUUCAGGUCCCUAAUUUCUGAUGAUCCACUGAGCCUCACGGGAGGCAUCCCACCUUCUCUUGGGAACCUCUCCUUUCUGGAUGCUCUUGCUCUCGAGAGUAAUGAUCUCCAUGGAGUCAUCCCACCUUCACUCGGCAACCUAUCCAACCUGCUCGAUCUUGCUGUCUAUAAUAACAAUCUAUCCGGAGUCAUACCACCUUCUUUGGGGAGCCUCGCCUUGCUGAAUAGCCUUGAUCUCUCGUUUAACAGCCUCACGGGGGGCAUCCCACCUUCUCUUGGGAACCUCUCCUUUCUGGAUGCUCUUGCUCUUGAGAGUAAUGAUCUCCAUGGAGUCAUCCCACCUUCACUCGGCAACCUCUCGAACCUGGUCCAUCUUGCUUUGUAUAAUAUCAAUCUUUCUGGAGUCAUACCACCUUCUUUUGGGAGGCUCUCCUUGCUGAAUACCCUUGAUCUCUCGUAUAACAGCCUCACGUGA